UGAGCGAAGAAUUGAGUUGCCCGGGAGCAGAGCCGCGGCCGCCGCCAGAGCGAUGUUCCCGCAGAGCCGCCACCCGACGCCGCACCAGGCUGCAGGCCAGCCCUUCAAGUUCACUAUCCCGGAGUCCCUGGACCGGAUUAAAGAGGAAUUUCAGUUCCUGCAGGCGCAGUAUCACAGCCUUAAAUUGGAAUGUGAGAAACUGGCAAGUGAAAAGACAGAAAUGCAGAGGCACUAUGUGAUGUAUUAUGAAAUGUCAUAUGGAUUAAACAUAGAAAUGCAUAAACAGACUGAAAUCGCCAAGAGAUUGAAUACGAUUUGUGCACAAGUCAUCCCAUUUCUGUCUCAGGAACAUCAACAGCAGGUGGCCCAGGCUGUCGAACGUGCCAAACAGGUGACCAUGGCAGAGCUGAAUGCCAUCAUCGGGGUACGUGGCCUACCAGGUCUACCUCCUACACAGCAGCAGUUGCAAGCUCAGCAUCUUUCUCACGGCCAUGGACCUCCAGUGCCCCUCACCCCUCACCCUUCGGGACUUCAGCCUCCUGGAAUCCCGCCCCUCGGCGGCAGUGCCGGCCUCCUGGCGCUGUCUAGUGCUCUGAGUGGCCAGUCUCACUUGGCAAUUAAAGAUGACAAGAAGCACCACGAUGCAGAGCACCACAGAGACAGAGAACCGGGCACAAGUAACUCCCUCUUGGUCCCAGACAGUCUAAGAGGCACAGAUAAACGCAGAAACGGACCCGAGUUUUCCAAUGACAUCAAGAAAAGAAAGGUGGACGAUAAGGACUCCAGCCACUAUGACAGUGAUGGUGACAAAAGUGAUGACAACUUAGUUGUGGACGUGUCUAAUGAGGACCCCUCGUCUCCACGAGCAAGCCCCGCCCACUCACCCAGGGAAAAUGGGAUCGACAAAAACCGUCUGCUAAAGAAAGACGCCUCCAGCAGCCCAGCAUCCACCGCCUCCUCGGGAAGUUCCACUUCUUUGAAAUCCAAAGAAAUGAGCUUGCAUGAAAAAGCCAGCACGCCUGUUCUGAAAUCCAGCACACCGACACCUCGGAGUGACAUGCCAACGCCGGGCACCAGCGCCACUCCAGGACUACGUCCAGGCCUCGGCAAGCCUCCAGCCAUGGACCCCCUCGUUAACCAAGCGGCGGCCGGCCUGAGGACGCCCCUGGCGGUGCCGGGUCCGUAUCCUGCGCCUUUCGGGAUGGUGCCCCACGCGGGCAUGAACGGCGAGCUGACCAGUCCCAGCGCUGCCUACGCCAGCCUCCACAACAUGUCGCCGCAGAUGAGCGCGGCCGCCGCCGCGGCCGCCGUGGUGGCCUACGGGCGCUCCCCGAUGGUUGGCUUUGAUCCUCCCCCUCACAUGCGUGUACCUACGAUCCCUCCAAACCUGGCAGGAAUCCCCGGGGGGAAGCCCGCAUACUCCUUCCACGUUACUGCGGACGGUCAGAUGCAGCCCGUCCCCUUCCCCCCGGACGCCCUCAUUGGCCCCGGCAUCCCCCGCCACGCUCGCCAGAUCAACACCCUGAACCACGGGGAGGUGGUGUGUGCGGUGACCAUCAGCAACCCCACGCGACAUGUGUACACGGGCGGCAAGGGCUGCGUCAAGGUCUGGGACAUCAGCCACCCCGGCAACAAGAGCCCCGUCUCUCAGCUCGACUGUCUGAACAGGGAUAACUACAUCCGUUCCUGCAAAUUGCUCCCUGAUGGCUGCACUCUCAUAGUGGGAGGGGAAGCCAGUACCCUGUCCAUUUGGGACCUGGCGGCUCCCACCCCACGCAUCAAGGCAGAGCUGACGUCCUCGGCCCCCGCCUGCUACGCCUUGGCCAUCAGCCCCGACUCCAAGGUCUGCUUCUCGUGCUGCAGUGACGGCAACAUCGCUGUGUGGGACCUGCACAACCAGACGCUGGUGAGGCAAUUCCAGGGCCACACAGACGGGGCCAGCUGUAUUGACAUUUCUAACGAUGGCACCAAGCUCUGGACGGGCGGCUUGGACAACACGGUCCGGUCCUGGGACCUGCGCGAGGGGCGGCAGCUGCAGCAGCACGACUUCACCUCCCAGAUAUUCUCCCUUGGUUAUUGCCCAACUGGGGAGUGGCUGGCCGUGGGCAUGGAAAGCAGCAACGUGGAAGUUCUCCACGUGAACAAACCUGACAAGUACCAGCUGCAUCUCCACGAGAGCUGUGUGCUCUCCCUGAAAUUUGCUUAUUGUGGUAAAUGGUUUGUGAGUACUGGAAAAGAUAACCUCCUCAAUGCAUGGCGGACACCCUAUGGAGCUAGUAUAUUCCAGUCCAAAGAGUCCUCAUCCGUGCUCAGCUGUGACAUCUCUGUGGAUGAUAAGUACAUAGUCACUGGCUCAGGGGACAAGAAGGCCACAGUCUAUGAAGUCAUCUACUGAAAACAUUAUGUGGUUUAACGUUUAUAGUUGAA